UUAAUUAACGGACAUUGCAAGAGGCCAACAACAUCGACCAUUUUCUUCACUUCCAGAAUUACAAUUCCUCUUCCAUGGCCGCCGCCAUCCCUCCAUAAAUCCCUUCCCAUUUGUCUCAUUCAUGAAGAACAUCACCGGCCGCUUCCCUCUCCGCCGGACUCCGCCUUCCUCCUCCUCUUAAUCGUCCCGGCGGUGCCCAUGGCUGAAAAUUUCUCCAACACUCACCCGCCGCCCUUCGGCGACACCACCUGGACUAAACUCUUCGUCGGAGGCCUCGCCUGGGAGACACAAUCCGAUGAAAUGCGCGCCUUUUUCCAACAAUUUGGGGAAAUUCUUGAAGCUGUCAUAAUCCAUGAUAAGAACACCGGCAAAUCCAAAGGCUACGGAUUCGUCACUUUUAGAGAUCCUGAUUCGGCUAGAAGGGCGUGUGCUAAUCCUAAUCCGAUUAUUUGUGGGAGGAGGGCUAAUUGUAACAUCGCCGCCUUCGGCCGGGCUCGUCCUCCUCCGCCGCCGCCGCUGCUACUUGGAGGACGAAAUCAAAUUGGGAAUCUUCAUACUACGAGUGCAGCUGCUGCGUCUUUCGGUGGGUUACUGACGCCGUAUCCUCCGCCGCCUUCGUCGCCGCCGCCGCCGCAGAUCAUGUUCCCAGCGUAUAGAUACCGAUCCUACGCCCCAAAUUACACACUUCCUUAUCAUCAACCUCAAUUGUACCAACAGUCACCAUGUUCUUCUUCUUAUGGCUAUGCCUAUGGCUAUCCUUCUUCUUCUUCACAGUCACCAAGGGUAGCAUUUCCCGUACAUGGCUACGGGCAUGGGCAUGCCCAUGGCCCUUCUUCUCCAUUGUCAUCCUCACCCUCCUACUUCCCUUACUAUACAAAUUACACCCACAUGCAACAACCGUUAUUCUACGCUCACAUGCACCCGAUCGCCACUCCCAUUACUGGUAGACAGAGUCCAACAGAGACAGAAGGAGGGGCCAGUGGCUCUAAUACCCCAAAUACUUGUUAGAAUUAUCUUGUUCAUAUUAUAUUAUUAAUUAUAAUUAUAAUUAUAUUGAACCA